AUGUUAUCAGCGCAGAAAGUACUAUGGUUUUGUGUGGUCCUGACAAUUGUAUAUGGUGUGGUGCUUCUCUUCACGAAUCUAAAGUUCAUCCGCGACUCUACGUCCGUCCUAACUAGUGUGUACACCAGACAACUUGGCUGUGUAUGUCCUAAUACAUCGACAAGGAGCACAAGACACGAAAAAGGUCUCCAUACAGAGUUAUCUGUCGGCUGGCAGGGCAACGAUGUUUUAUUCCAUCAAGAUGACGAUGACACUGUAGCACAAGGACUGGAACAAAUAGUUAGAGUGCUCUGCUACGUCAUGACUGAUCAGGCUAACCUGGACACGAAAACUAUACACGUGAAAAACACGUGGACAAAGCGAUGUAACAAAAUAUUGUUUAUAAGUUCUGUUGCCAACAAAACGUUUCCAACCGUCGGCGUUAACGUUAGUGAAGGAAGAGGACAUCUUACCGAGAAAGCGAUGAAAGCCCUUCAGUAUAUACACAAAUAUCACUUAGACGACUCGGACUGGUUCCUGAAGACUGAUGAUGACACCUACGUCAUAAUGGAAAACUUACGUCAUUUGUUGGAACCUUAUUCUCCCAAUGAGCCUGUUUACUUCGGACAGCAUUUCAAAUCACACGUAAAGCAAGGGUACCAUAGUGGGGGAGCCGGCUAUGUGAUGAGUAAAGAGGCAUUGCGCAGACUCGUCGUAAAAGGGAUUCCGUCUGGAAAGUGUUGGAUUACAGGAUAUGAUGAGGAUGUGCAUGUGGGAAGGUGUUUGGAAUAUGUAGGCGUAAGGAUAGAAAACAGUACCGACUCCUUAGGAAGGAGCAGAUUUCACUGCUUUGAGCCGUGGGUACAUCUGCUGGGAAAUUAUCCUGAGUGGUAUCGAAAAUACGAUGCAAACGGGGCAAAGCAUGGUGGAGACAGCGUCAGUGAUUAUGCUAUCUCCUUCCACUACGUACCAUCCUGGUUAAUGUACGGUUUGGAAUAUCUUGUAUACCAUCUCAGGCCUUACGGUGUCAAAAUGGCGGACAAUGAAUGA